AUGGCAAGAGAGAAUACCAAGGACUUCCUUUUGGAAGCACUGGAGGACCUUACACUGGAUAUGUUUGAGAAGUUUAAAUAUAAAUUAUCAUAUAUUGAUUAUGAUGAGAUGGCCAAUCUCUCCAAGUAUUUGCUCAAGAAAGCCAACGAUCCAGUUAAACUUGCAGACUACAUGUGUGACCACUAUGGAGCUGACCUUGCAGUGGAUGUAGCUAUCUAUGUGCUUGAACGGAUCAACCAAAGAGACACUGCAGCUAAACUCAAACAGGAGAAAGGAAAAGAUUACAAGAUGAAGUACAGAGAACAUGUACAAAAAAAUUACCACUGGAUAAAAGACAUGAAUGCUCGUAUUGGUGAGAUGGUGACUCUGAACUCCAGAUAUACAAGGCUGGUUCUUGUUAGUGGACAUCGCCAUGAAAAAAAGAAAGAACAUGAAAUCAUGGCUGUAGGACGAAGACAUGCAGAAAUCAUGCAGGAACAAGUGAAUUCUUCCAUUGCUAUAAGUGAUCUUUUUAAACCUGACAGGGAUAGACAGACACCAAAGACUGUCGUGAUAUUGGGAGCUGCAGGAAUUGGGAAGACAAUGACAGUAAGAAAGAUUAUGCUGGACUGGGCAUCAGAGGGACUCUAUAGACAGUUUGACUAUGUUUUCUACAUACAUUGUCGGGAGGGUAAUCUUCUUACAGCUCAGGGGAGUAUGGCUGACAUGAUCUCCAAAUGCUGUCCCAGUGAUAAUCCACCUCUUGCAGAGAUCUUGAGGAGACCAGAAAAACUCCUGUUUGUCAUCGAUGGCUUUGACGAACUGAGAUUUUCUUUGGACCGGCCACAAAAUGACCUGUGCUCUGACCCCUGGGAGAUGAAGCCAGUGGAAAUCAUCCUGAGCAGUUUACUUAGGAAAAUCCUUCUCCCUGAAUGCUCCCUGUUGAUCACAACAAGACCAGCUGCCCUGCAGAAGCUGGAACAGUACUUGGUGUGUGAACGCUCUGCUGAAAUACUGGGAUUUUCAGUAGCAGAUAGGGAGGAAUAUUUCUACAAGUUUUUUGAAAAUAAGGAAGAGGGAAGGAAGUCCUUUCAGUUUGUUAAAGGAAAUGAAAUGGUCUUCACUAUGUGCCUUGUCCCCAUCAUGUGCUGGAUCGUCUGUACUGUUAUGAAACAACAGCUUGAAAGUGGUGAAGAUCUUGCACAAACUGCCAAGACAACUACAGGAAUAUAUAUCCUUUAUGUUUCCAGCUUACUAAAAUCUCUGAGCAGCAAGUUGAAACAGAACUUGCACAUUAUCCUGAAAAGACUUUGUUGCCUGGCUGCUGAUGGGAUCUGGAAGCAGAGGGUCCUCUUUGAGGAGGAGGCAAUCAAUGAAUUCUUGUUAAAUCAGAGAGACACUCUCCCACUUUUUUUGAAUGAGAGCACUUUUCAGAAGGGCAUUGUUUGUGGGAGUGCCUACAGCUUCAUUCAUCUGAGUGUCCAAGAGUUUUUUGCAUCUCUAUUCUAUGUACUAGAAGAUGAUGGCGAAACAAGAGAUAAGCAAGACGAUCCUAAGAGUGAUGUGAAAAAAUUGUUAGAAAACUAUGGAAACUCCAGACAAGAUUUCAUGUUAACUGUGCGGUUCCUAUUUGGUCUCUUAAAUAAGGAACCAAGAAAUGCUUUGGAAAAAGAAACAGGGUGCAAAAUUUCUCCUGAAAUUAAGGAAGAAUUACUAAUGUGGCUUCAAACUAGCCAAAAAACAGCUUUAGCUGUUAAUGCAGAGAAAAGAGCAGUGAUUCAUGAUUUGGAGGCUUGCCACUGUUUGUAUGAAAUCCAAGAUGAAAGUUUUGUGAAAACUGCAUUGGGUUAUUUCACUGGAAUAUAUCUACGAGACAUCAAUUUCACCCAAUUAGAUCAAAAAGUUCUUUCAUUCAGUAUAAAAAAGUGGCCUAAACUAGAGUCACUUGACAUGGGCUAUUGCUCCUUUAUCUCGGAAGACCACGAAGAACAUUUAGACCAACAGCUAGCAAAGCUGUCACAUCUGCUGGAGUGGUGCAAACUCACAGCUGCCUGCUGUGGACUUCUGGCCACGGUGCUCAGCACCAGCCAGUGCCUGACGGAGCUGAGACUGCGUGGAAAUGCUCUGGGAGACCCAGGACUACGGCUGCUGUGUGAAGGGCUGAAACAUACUGCCUGCCGGCUGCAGAGAUUGGGGUUGUGGGGUUGCAGUCUCACAGAUGCCUGCUGUGGGGAUCUGGCCACUGUGCUCAGCACCAACAAGACCCUGCUGGAGCUGGGGCUGAGCGCUAAUGCCCUGGGAGAUGCUGGAGUGCACCUGCUAUGUGAGGGGCUGAAACACCCUGCCUGCCAGCUGCGGGUACUGGGGUUGUGGGGUUGCAGUCUCACAGAUGCCUGCUGUGGGGAUCUGGCCACUGUGCUCAGUACCAACAAGACCCUGCUGGAGCUGGGACUGGGUGCUAAUGCCCUGGGAGAUGCUGGAGUGCGCCUGCUAUGUGAGGGGCUGAAACACCCUGCCUGCCACCUUAAAGAAUUGUGGUAA